GGAUUUGCAGGGAAGAUGAGUAAUAACAUUGGUGUAGGGGUAACACAUUACAAAGUGACAGACCCAACUGAUGAUCCCUUAAAUCCAAGGGUUGGGACAUUGAGGUAUGGAGUGACAAAAAUUAGAUCAGGAGGAGGAGGAGGAGGUAAGGUUUGGAUUACCUUCCAAAGGGAUAUGUUAAUCAAAUUCCAAAAGCCACUUAUUGUUGGUAGUUAUACAACCAUCGAUGGCCGUGGUGUCAAUGUUCAAAUAGCUCAUGGAGCUUGCUUCUUGCUCAAUGGAGUAAGCAAUGUGAUCAUCCACAACCUGAGGUUUCACCAUUGUCAUUCCCAAGCUCCUGGUGCAGUGAUGGGUCCUGGAGGUAAAAUUUUGCAACUACAACAGCUUGAUGGCGAUGCAAUUCGUCUUGUUGGAUCUUCGAAAAUAUGGAUUGAUCACAACACCUUUUAUGAGUGUCAAGAUGGUCUCAUUGACAUUACAAGAGGCUCUACUGAUGUAACUGUCUCAAACAACUGGUUUCGGAACCAUGACAAGGUGAUGCUUCUGGGUCACCAUGAUAGUUUUGUUCAGGAUAAGAACAUGAGGGUAACUGUAGUCUUCAACUAUUUUGGUCCCAAUUGCAAUCAACGCAUGCCAAGGAUCCGCCAUGGGUAUGCACAUGUGGUGAACAAUCUUUACCAAGGUUGGGCACAAUAUGCCAUCGGAGGAAGCAUGAACCCCAGCAUUAGAAGCGAAUCCAAUCUCUUCAUAGCACCAAAAUUUGGGAACAAAAAGGUGACAUGGAGAGAAGGUCAAGGUGACACCGGGUCAUGGAAUUGGCAGUCUGUGAAUGAUAUCUUUGAGAAUGGAGCUCAUUUUAAACAAAGUGGCAAUGGUGGACCAAUGCCUCACUAUAACCGUGAACAGUGGUUUCCAAUCUCAGAUGCAAGAGCAGUAAGGUCCCUAACAAGAACAGCAGGCAUCCUGCGAAAGAUUUAGGUGCUAAUUGAAGGAUAAGGAG